AUGUCAUCUCCUCAUUACUAUCCACCUCGCUCACAGUCUUAUUCUAAUACAAAAUACAAUAAUCCAGCAAAAUUAAGAUCCGAAUCAAUUUCUGCCAUAUCAACUAUGUCUUCGUCUUCAUCUACCUAUUCUCACGGCUCCCAUUUACUGAAUUCACAGUUUGUAUUGUCGCCCACAAGUGAAUAUCCUCGAACUCCAUCCAGUUACUUAACCAACACAACGGGUGAUUAUGAUGGAGCCUAUCCACCCUCCACACCAAGCGAGCAUUCUUAUUAUUUAAAUACACCACUUCCUCGGCCUUCUGAUUAUUCUCAUAUGGCCAGAUCACCGCCUCACUCUAUGUACGGAUACGACGUUAAGAACAGCUAUGUCGUUGAUGAAGAAUCAAGUACAUUUGGGCCUAUUCAACACUCAUUGUCUUCAAGAACAAGCACUAGUGCAGCAUCAGAUACUAUUUUCCCACCUACAGAAGCAAUGAAACUCAAGUCCAAUGCCGCCUUGUUGGCCACCGAAGCAUCCUUCAAGGUUGUUUAUGCUGGUGAUGCUACUUAUAAACCUGACAAGGGCAUCCUCAGCAAAAGCAAGCGUGCCCAUUUCGUGCUCACAAAUAAUCAUUUGCUAGUCUACAAAUCAUCUCAGAAAGCUCGAAGUGAAAUCAACAUUUUCGAUCAUCAUAAUGGUGAAGGUGUCAGUAAAGAAGCCAUGGCAAAGAUCUUUGAUAAAGAUAGGGUCUUGCUUAAACUAUCCAGUGUUUAUGCUAUUCAACUUGUGGCCACCGCAGCUUGUGUCUUUCGCAUCGAAUAUUUUCAUCCUCAGUCUGGUCAGGCACUUUCACACACAUUGACUGUCGAUACAGAUAAAGAGUGCAAACAAUGGGUUCAAGCACUCAGAAAGUCUGUUCGUAUCCAUCAUACCCGCAUCGAAAUUAUUUCGCCUACAGAACGUUUUACAGUACUUGAGCGCUUAGUCAAGCAAAGCGACACGUUCACAAAGUCAGAUCAAGUCAAGAUGUUCAAGGUGGUAUUCAAAGAAAAACGAUACAAAGUAGGUGGCGAUUUACCCAAGGAAGUCUUUUUACCAGUGAUUAUGGCCAUUGGUAAAUUUAGCUUCUAUUUCUUGCCCAUCAGUAUAUUGGACGAUGAAUAUCUCAAGACAGUAGAACGAGACCGAUUUGGCUUUUUGUCACUCUUGUCUGUUCGUUACGAAAAUGUCGAUGAUACAGUCAUACUUGAAAUUAAGCAAGUAGGAAAAAGCAAUCGACAACUUGUGUUUGCAUCUACUUUUUGUGAAGAUAUUAUUCAAUACUUAUAUCGUGGUAUGGAGUCGCUUGUUCCUGGUUCAGCAAGUCAACUGUAUGCAGAUCGAGUUCCCGCUCAUAUCAAGCAAACGCAAGUCAUGCCACUGGAUAUUCCUGCAGACCCAGAGGAUGAAGUCAGUGGUCAUGAUGAUAAGGAAAUCAAGCAAUUCAAUACUACCCUUCGAGCUUAUUGUGCUGCUAUGAACAUGAACAAGUCUCGUUUCAACUAUACCAUCACAGGUCCUUUGAAGAACAAGACAUUUACACUAUUACCUCCUAACGAAAUUGGUCAAACACCUGCUGAAUACGAAAAGUAUGAACUACUUGCUAUCUUUAGGACCAUUCAAGCCAAUAACAUCUUUAUCGAAGUGUGUUUUGCUAAUCGUUCUUUGCAUACCUUGGAAACUUGGAAACUUCAACCUAAUCAUGGCUGGUCAUUUAACAAACAUCACCCAUUAAAAGAUGAAAACUUGCUUUCAAAUGAGCUCUAUACUAUUUUGACAAAUCUCAAGUUACUUCGCAAACUCGACCUCACCAACUGCUCGAUUGGAAAGCCCUCUGAAGAACUUAUGAAUCGACAAUCGUCAGCCAUUGCUACCAUUGGUAUUGUUAUGCGUUCCGGUAAAACACAUCUAAGCCGUGUCUGCCUUGGCAAAAAUAUCAUUUCUGAGCAAGACUUGGGUAGACUUGUUCAAGGUAUUCGGGAACAUAAGAAAUCCAUCAAGGAACUCUAUCUAAACGAAUGUGGCCUGCAAAAAAACAUGAUUGAGCUGGUUCUCAAGACACUGUACGAAAAAACACCUGAGCAAAUCAUCAGUUUAGAUCUAUCUACCGAGAAGCCUAUGGCUAUUGAUCCUGUCUUGAUUGAAAAGAUAGUGCCUACCUUUAAGCGACUCGAAUACCUGAGAAUGCGAGGCUAUCAUCUGUUGAGUAGGAGCUAUCGCUUCAUGCUGGAAUCAAGCCGUCUUCGUGAACUGGAUCUCGGUGGCUCUCGUAUGGAUGCAGAUACAGUGACUCGUCUAUGCAAAUGGAUGCAGACACCUUCUUUUCAAUCCAUUGAAGCUCUUCAUCUAGGUGACUGUAAUCUCAAUGGCAAAAACGUUUAUGAUAUCUUGAUCUGUAUCAGUCAAUCAGCCAAUCGUUCUAUGCAUCUCAACUUGGAAAACAAUCCGAUCAUGAAAGAGGUGAUGCAUUUACCCAAGUUGCAUUCUGCUAUUCUGCAAGGCGAGGGUCCCAAAUCCAUUUCUUUUGCUCGUAUUGAAUGGGACGACUCAACGUUACGUGAAUUUAUUGAUUGCCUUAGAGACAACCAGAUAAUUACUCAUUUGGAUCUGUCAGAUAUCAGUAUUCGUGACACAGAAGAAUUAUCCGUGGACACAGUGCGUAUGCUGACCUCUCUUUUCGAACGCAAUACGUGCAUUACUGAACUCGAACUCAACUUAAAGCACAACAAGUUGCCUAUCUCUGCUUUGAGCUCCAUUCAACCCAAGUCACUUAUUUCUUAUGCUGUUGUACAGGCCUUGCAAGGUCUUCGUCACAAUAGUUCGCUUCAACAUUUGGAUAUUUCUGGCUUGAAUAUCGAAGAUGCUGGUGCCUUUGCUUUGUCUCGUGUGCUCAAGACAAACAAAACAUUGCAAUCGAUUAUCAUUGAAGAAAACAAUGCAAGUUACCGCAGUAUUCUCAAGUCAAUUGAAGAAAGUGCCAAGCAAGUCAUUAAUCUUCCUUUACCCCGUGUGGAUAUCCGCAAUCAGUUACGAUACCUUGUCUUUCGUAUUGAAGAACUCAUACUAUCCGAGAAUGAAGCUCAGUUCUUUUUGAUUCAUACAACAGCAAGCGAUAAAAAGAAACUCAAGAAACAUGAACUUGAGAUGAUUAUUCAAGAACGUAAAGCAUGCGAAAUUGCCUUGAAGAAUCUGGAAAUUGUUGUUCAUUCAUUGAUGGUAACCGUACGUAAAAACAUGCGCGAAUACGAAGAGCAGACGUAUCGAACCAUGGAGUUCCAAUUACAAGCACAGAAUGCAGCUCAGGAAUUGGCGAUUGCUCAAGUUCGAUUGCAAAACAGACCAGCCAAUGCCAUUCAUGCUCGCGGCAGGUAUCCAAGCAGUAGUGGAGCCAGUACAACAAGCAGCACAACGAGCAGUGUUGUUGGUUCAUUGUCCCGAAGUGUCAGCCGUAAUACGUAUUAUCCUCAUCCUAACAGCCGAAGGUCAGCCAUGAGCUCAGAGAAUUCAGUUAGUAGCUUUUCGUCGCCCUCGCCUUAUGCUGCCUAUAACAGUGCUGAUCAGCGUAUGUAUAUGUCUCGUACCAACCAUAAUACCCAUGAAGAAAUGUCUAUGGGUAAGCCCCAUACUUACGAUCAAAGACUACAAUCACCUAUUACACCCUCUUUCGAAUACUCGGAUCCUUAUUUUAGAGAGCUUGACUCUGGUUAUAUUCAUGGCCAAUCCUUGGAAAGCUUUGUUACAGAUGAUCCUGGCUUUAUUAGUGAUUUUGGUUAUGUUGAUGAUUUUGAGCAAGGAGGCUUAAUUGAUCCUCAUUUCUCAGGUUAUCAUCCUAAAGCUAAUUCUACCUCUGAUCAAGAUUCUAUUUGGAAUGAAGAACAAAUUGUGCAAAGAUUGAACAAUGGCCUCUAUCUCCCUCCAGAUGAAAGAGUUUGA